AUGCAUGCUGGGCUCAUAAUAAUACAGUUAGCAGAAUCCUACUCAAAAGCUGACUGGCAUGACACACCCGUCGGUCAUCUACGACUUGGCAGAAUGGCAGUUGUUGCACCGGUUGUAGCCGCAGAUCUUGCAGCGCCAGAUGGCCACAAAGGGACCCGAGUUGCAGUCGGAGCAGCGCCAGGUCAGGAUGUUGCCGUUGGUGCCCUGCACAAUGGCGAACACAUGACCGGAGCAUUGGUUGGCCAUUUUGUGUGGUUGAUCGUGGUUCUGUCUGCUAGUGUUGAGAUGGUAGAUGAGGGUGAAGAGGCUAGAGUAGUCAGUAAGACCUGGCCUACCCUGUUCUGCCCAGUCUGCUUGCCCCAACUGGACAGUGGACACAGAGGCACAGGAACAGAAACAGAAACCGAAACAGACACAGACAACGACACAAACGACGCAGUCCGAGUCACAGGCGGACCAAACUAG